AUGUCUUUCAGCAACAAUAUGUUCAGAAACUUUGAGAAAAUUAGCCAUCAGGAGCACGAAAUACCCCUCCAAUUGGGACGGCAUAACAGUCAAUUCGUCUCACAGCAUGUUGAUGAUGGUGUUGAGCGUGACGAAUUGUCAGACGGGUCCGAAUACAACCCGAAACCUCGUUAUAAUAACCAUCCAACAAUAAAGAAACCAAAGGUAUACAAUUUCCGUCGAAAUAAACUCAAGCUUGACCGAACAAAACGAGCAAUGGUUCGUGCACUCGCAAAGCGUGGCAAGUGGCACCACAAAGAUAUCGCCACUGUCUUCAGAGUAUCGCUUCCUCUCAUUAAAAGGGUCAUAGCCAACGGCUAUACUACGAUACCUGACGAAGUAUUGGAAGACGCAAACUUUUAUAAGCAGAGUGACCUUGAAGAGUUAAUUUUGGAGCUUGAAAAGUUGAUUUUGCAGGAGCUACCGCCCGCCACGGAUAAACAGAAAAAACGAAAGAUACAAGUAAUUAUCAGUCAUGAUGUCAUCGCACGUUUCUCCUUACUGGUAAAUUCACUAGGACAAAACGUAUGCGAGAUCCACAAAGAAAUCUGUAGUUGCCGCUUCCCCUUCUGCAUUAGCUCCUAUGGAGGUAGAACCGGAUCUAAAUGCAACAUGCAGCCUAUUCAGGAUGUUCCGAGACGAAGCGAUACUUGCUCAUGGGGAAAAGGUCCAUUCUAUUCUCAAGGAAACUGGGAUUGA